GUUGUGCAGGAAAUGAUUCCGUGGAUGGCCACACGUGAGGAGGCUUAUCAUGCCUUAUGUCACUAUUGGACCACGGAUGAGUUCAAAAGCAUUUCCCAGAGAAAUAGAGGAAAUCGUGGAACUGAGUCCUAUCAUACCUACGGAGGUGAUGGGCACUUCCGAUUGGCCAAACGCAUUGUAAGUGAACUCUUUGAAAUGAAUUCUAUUAAUUUCAUAUAUUAGUACAUGCUUCUUUAAUUUUUUGUUGUAUGUAUAGGAAGUUCGCACAGGUGUAGCGCCGAGUGAUAUUCAGGUCUACAUUGAAGGUCAUAAAGGACGUGAUCCUACAAAUCCAGAUCAGUUAUGCUCUCAGGCGGCUACAGAGCGUCUGGCGGCAUAUGGUGACCAAAUGAUUGCUCGCCAUGGAGAGGGUUAUGAUUGGAGAAACGCGCCUAUUGAUCCUGAGGCCGUUUACAGUAGUGGUGGAAAACCUCAUGGCCGGUAUCCAUUAUUCGAAAAAGUCAUUGACUCGAGUCAGGUGCCGUCGCGUCAAAGAGCAGGAUCGUCGCGGUCAGCAAGUCGCAGCACAAGUAGUGGCGACGACAGCGCGGAGGUUGUAAGGCUGCGUGAAAGAGUAAGACAACAGGAGCUACAGCAGCAGUGGUUCCAAGCUCAACUUGCACAACAGAAUGCAAUACUGCAGCAAAUAGCGAGCCAACAGAAUAUACAAGUGCCACCACUGGUACCUCCACCUUUUGCACAGGCCGGUUGGCCAUCAGCUUCACCUCAGGUUGGUUCUGCCACAGCCAUCACCCUAGACUACUGUGCCGGGGUCACCACUGCCCCAGAGUACGCUAAGAUUUCGGGCGGCGUGUCCGUCGUAGGGCUCAACGCCUCUUACGGCACCGACAUCACCUUGAUGUCGCUCUGCACGCGCUGCCUCAACGCAGGCAUUGGCACGCCGGCUCGCCUCACCUCCGCCACUGGCAACAGCUCCAAGCCCUAG